AUGCAGAAGUGGUUUCUGCUCUCCUCCACCGCCCUGAUCAUUCCGUCCUCUGUGCUCGUCUACCUGAUCGACCCGCUCCGCUACCUCGGAGUGCCGCGGCGGUGUGUGCAGAGCAUCUGCGUCUUCAUCCUCGGCUACGCUUUCAAGGCGGUCUGGUGGGUCAACCCACAGAUCCGCGUGCACGUGCAGUUCGACGCCAACGAGCAUGGAAAGCCGGCGUGCUGGGACGACAUCGCCCGAACCGGCACCGCCUUCGCACUGAACCACACCUCCUUCUGGGAUGCCUUCGAGAUGAUCAGCAUCACCCCCCUGUUGCACCUCAUGCAGAUGCGCACGCUGAUGAAGUCGUCGCUGCGCAACAUCCCAGUCUUCGGCGGCGUCUUCGACCGCGUCGGGCACUUCCCCGUGUACUUCAAGUCGGACGAGGACGGUAACUUCCAUGUUGACAAGGAGAAGCAGGCGAUAGUGUCGCAACACAUGCGCUGGCACCUGCGCCUCGGCGGCAGCAUCGCCUUCUUCCCCGAAGGCACCAUCAACAAAACCCCGGAGACGCUGCAGACGUUCCGCUACGGCACCUUCGCUACCAUCAUCGAGCAUCGCCUCCGCGUCUACUACGUGGUGGCCGUUGGCAGCGAGAAGACGUGGGCGCCGCGAAUGGCGUACGGCGGGCUGCCGGCAGACAUCCACAUCCGCAUCGGCGCCUACCCGGUCGACUUCGACAAGGACUCCAGCAAAAGCGUCGCGGUGGGACUGCAGAAGCACAUGCAGCAGGUGCGGGACGAAAUCGCGGCUGAGGUAGCCGCCGCGGAGGAGCCGAGGCGGCGGCGCAAGGAUCCGGUGUCAGAGGCGAAGGGAGCGAAGACGCUGGGCAUUGCGGCGCCCCACGCUGCUCGUGAGGCCCAUGCGACAAGGGCGACGGCGUAA